CUGAGGUGUUUCAUUUGUUUGAGGCUCCGCCGCCGGGCAGGCACGAGAGCUUCCUCUUAGCUCAGUGUGAAGAAUUACUGUUUUAAAUAGAUUAACGUUUGCUAAGCUAUACAGAGAGUUUGUAUCCCAAGCGUACAGGCUACAUUUCCCUGCAUGGGAGACGUUACAGUUACAAAAAUGAGCAGUCUGAGGGUCUGUAAGGAGCCAUUCGACAGAACCAUCUCUGAACCUGUGGAGGACACAGACACCACCAGCUUUGUGGCAGAAUUUUCCUUGGAGGCCAAUCAUCCAGUACAGGUGACAGAUCCCCACGCAGACGCUGUGACACUCCACCUGAGCUCCAUGCCAUCUGCUUACCUGAGCCCCUCCUCAAACAGAAUAAGACAGCCAGUUGAAGAUGCUGAAGAAUGCACCUGCCCAACAUCUAUGUCACCAGACUACCCCAAAGAACUGCAGUUACUAAAUAGCCCCUGUGAAAAGUGCUACUACCCAGCACCUCCACCCAAGAUCAGUGACCUCAUGAAUGACAAAGAUCUCCUGGACUUACUGAGGCUCAAAUUGGAUCCAAACCAUUGCACCAUCAAAAACUGGAAGAACUUUGCAAGUCGCUGGGGGAUGAGCUACGAUGAACUAACCCUGUUGGAGCACCGGACUCAGGGCUCCUUGUCCCACAGCCCCACCCAGGAGUUCCUGUUGCGAUACAACCAGAAGACGGUGACUGAGCUCACUGAACUUUGCCGCAUCUACCAGCGCAUUGAUGUGCUGCGGCUGCUGCAGAGCUGGAUAGAGAAGGACUGGCCGUCACGUUGGCAGCAGACUCUUUAGCCAGAUUGAUUCAUUGUAUAUUUUUCCCAUGUCUCUUUUCUUCUGUCAGGGUUGUAUUUGUUAGGGACUUCAUAAGCUUGAAUACAUUUUACCAAAGUUUUAUCAUCAGUAACUUUAGCAAAUGAUCUUCAGAAAGCUCUGAUCUACCCUGAAAUGUCUCAGCAACUGUUGGAUAACCCUGUACAUUCAUAACCUGAUAUUUGUAAUUCAUGAUCCCAAGAGAAUUUUCCUCUUGCACCACCACCAGGGUCAUUUCUGUUUAGUCACUGACAUCUGUCAUCUUGAUGGGGUUUUUUUUCCCACAGGUGAACUUUUCCACUAGCACAUCCUUAAGGUUUGUGGAUCUGUGGAUUUGAGUGAAUUGUUGGAUGUUUUGCCAAGAAAUUUGGUAUAGACACUCAUGUUCCCCUCAUAAUGAAUUCCCAUAAAUUUGGUGAUUGUUUUUUUUUUUAUCUGCUCAAAAUUUUAGUUUGUCCAAUAUUUUUUAGGAUCAGAUACCUGAAAAACUGAUAUUCCUGUCAUCCUCAGUUGUACUUUCUGUUUAGCGCUAAUUAUCAAAUACUAGCAUUCUCAUACUAUUUAAAAUGGUGAACAUCAUAGAUAUUAUACCUGCAAAACACCUGCAUGUGAACAUUGUCAUCAUGUGCACGUUAGCAUGCAAACAUAGCAUAGCAUUCAGUACAGCCUCACAGACUGGUUAAAGUACAUUUAAUUACACAUAUCUGGAUAACAAUACAUUGACAAUAUCCCUGGAAUAACAACUGUAUUACUGUUGUUCUGUUGUUGUGGAAAGGCGCUAUUUAAACAUCACAACAAAUUAUAAAUACAAUAGAUCAACAAGAAAGUUAAUUCUUUCACAGGUAACACCUUAAUUUGUUCAAAGCAAACAAAUUAUUUUCCUCUUUGUUAAAGUAGCAAAGAAAAAUAUUUAAGCAGUUUUAAACAAUUAAAACUUUUAAUGCUCUCAUUAAUGUCUUUGUCAUUUCCAUGUUUUUUAUGCUUGAGAAAAAACAGAAUUUUUUUUUUUUUUUAAUUUCUUUGUGUAAAAUAAAUACAUGUCAAACUAUAAAAAGCUUUUUGUGAUUUGUAAAGGAAACUGAGGAGCAGUAUAUUAAAUAUAGACUAUUACAACCAAAAAA